AGUUUCGACAAAGUAGAGAAUUCCACGUGUCAGACUUUGUACUCUUUCUUGUUCUCCUCUACUUCAAUUUCUAGUCCUUUCUUUUUCAGCUUGAUUUCUUCAAACCCUAGAAUUUCGCGUCCUUAUGGCCCAACUCUCUCCUCUUUCCGUCCAACUCAUCUCCAGUAACGGCGACUUGAAUGUCGACGGUCUCGAAAACUUCGUCCGCGCUACCAACCUUCCCGAUCGCGGCCUCUCCUACUCUGUCGUAGCCAUCAUGGGCCCACAAAGCAGUGGCAAGAGUACUUUAAUGAAUCAUCUUUUUUAUACAAAUUUUAAAGAGAUGGAUGCUUCUGACGGAAGGAGCCAGACAACUAAGGGAAUUUGGAUAGAUAAAUGUGUUGACAUUGAACCCUUCACCAUUGUCAUGGAUUUAGAGGGAACUGAUGGCACUGAAAGAGGCGAGGAUGACACUGCAUUCGAGAAACAGAGUGCCCUGUUUGCUGUGGCAAUUGCAGAUGUUGUACUGAUAAACAUUUGGUGCCAUGAUAUCGGUCGGGAGCAGGCUGGCAGUAGACCUCUUCUAAAAACAGUUUUUCAGGUCAUGAUGCGUUUAUUUAGCUCACGUAAAACAACUCUUUUGUUUGUUAUACGGGAUAAAACCAAGACGCCGGUUGAAAAAUUAGGGUCUAAUUUAAGAGAAGAUAUUCAGAAGAUUUGGGAAGCAUUUCCUAAACCCCAAGACCAUGACAGUACUCCUCUCAGUGAGUUUUUUAAUGUGGAGGUCAUUGCUUUAUCUAGCUAUGAAGAGAAGGAGCAAGAGUUUAAAGAGCAGGUUGCUCAAUUGAGGCAGCGAUUUUUCCAUUCCAUCUCUCCAGGAGGACUAGCUGGAGAUAGACAAGAAGUUGUUCCUGCCUCAGUGUUCUCCUUCAGUGUACAACAGAUUUGGAAACUUAUAAAAGAAAACAAGGACCUGAAUCUUCCUGCUCAUAAGGUAAUGGUUGCCACUUUUCGGUGUGAGGAAAUUGCCAAUGUGAAGCUGUGUCUAUUGUCAGAUGAUAAGGGUCGGUUGGCUUUGGAGGAAGCUAUUCAAGUGGGUCCGAUCCCUGGAUUUGGUAAAGAGGCUCACACCAUUAUAGAUACCUAUCUUUCAGAUUAUGACAAGGAGACAAUCUACUUUGAUGAAGCUGUGAGAACUAGAAAACGACAAGAUUUGGAGUCAAAAGCAAUUCAUAUUUUCUACCGUGCAUAUACUGUCAUAUUGGAUCAUCUACAGUCUAAAGGGUUUGAUAGCUUUAAGAUCAGCUUGGAACAAUUACUUAAAGAUGGGGAAGGUUUUGCUUCUGCAGUUCGCACUUGUCUUCAAUCUUGCAUGCUGGAGUUUGACCAAGGAUGUGCUGAUGCUGCUAUAAGACUGGCUAACUGGGAUGCUUCAAAAGUUCAGGAAGAACUUCUCCAUGAUAUUCAUGAACAUGCAUCAUCCCUUCUCCAUGCGAAGCUGUCUGAAAUCAAAGCCAAGUUUGAGGAAAAACUCACUGCAGGACUUACUGAACCUGCAAAAUAUCUGUUUGCAGCUGGUUCUGAGGACACUUGGGCUUCAUUAAGAAAACUUCUUGGCUCUGUAACUGAAGCUGCUGUACUGGAGUACUUAAAUGCAAUUUCUGGUUUUGAGUUGGACCAAGCUACAAGUGACACAAUGGUUCAAAAUUUAGAGAGCUCUACAAGAAACUUGAUAAAGAAAGUAGCUAGAGAAGAAGCUGGCAAAGUUCUGAACCGCAUGAAAGAAAGAUUCUCAACAGUCUUCAAUCAUGACAGUGAUUCAAUGCGAAGGGUUUGGCCUGAAGUUGACAUUAAAACCGCUGUGAAGGAUGCCCAGACUGCGUCACUGAGUGUACUUUCAGAUAGGGCUGUUAUACGCUUGGAUGAGAAACCCGAUAUGGUUAAAAAUUUACUGUUUUCCUCACUUAUGGGUGGAACUGUUGAUGCUCUAGCCUCAAACACGUGGGAGGAGGUUUCUCCAAUCAAUGUGUUGAAAUCACCCAUGGAAUGUAUGUCUUUGUGGGAUCAGUUCAAGAAAGAGACCCAAUAUAUGGUCGAUCAAGCGAUUUCGGCACAGCUGGAGGCUCAGAAAGGACGUAAAAGCUGGUUGUCCUCUCUAUGGGUUGUGGCACCCCUAGUUUCUGCAUUUUUCGGCUUGGCUGUUGACGAGGUGAAGCAAAAUAUGUAAUAUUUGGCAUAUUUGUUUUACAGUACCAUUGAACGGCACCUAAAUCUGCACUGUAUUUAAUGGUUUUUGUCCUGUUGUAUGAUGCACUGGCGAUUGUUUUUUUAUGGGAUAAUGAGUGAAUGCAAAUAUUAGAACA